AUGGAUAAGCUCGACAGCCUGCUCGAAGCCUGUACGGCCAACAAUGCAUAUCCUGGCACCGCGGCGACGAUCGUUGACUCCAAGGGCAACCGUCUGUACCACAAAGCAUUCGGUGUCAACGACAUCUCGGCUGAGAACCCCACCAAGUUCACCACUUCAACGCAAAUGCUAAUAUUCUCCUGCACGAAGCUCAUCGCCUGCAUCGCAGCUUUGCAAUUGGUCGAGCAAGGGAAACUGUCGCUGGAUGACCCAGUCAGCAAAUACAUACCGGACAUUGUAGACAUCCCUGUCUACGUUGGCGAUGGGACAACGGCAACCCGUCCCCAGAAGACCACGAUGACGAUCCAGCACCUCUUCACACACACUGCUGGCUUCACAUAUGACUUCUUCGAUAAGACCACGCUGCAAUGGAGAGUCGAACAGGGCGCUCAACCCGGUGUAUACAUGGCGGAAGGAAAUCGCCCCUACUUUAGGACUCCACUCCUGCACGACCCUGGCACAGCUUUCGCAUACGGCGUCAAUAUCGACUACCUCGGCCUAGUCCUCGAGGCCAUCACCGGACAGAAGCUACAGGACUACGUUAAGGCCAACAUUUUGGAACCACUCGACAUGAAGUCAUCAGUACCGUAUCUGGAGAAGGAAGACGCGACCCAUCUCCUGCUACACAUCCGCGGGCUGACGGGCAAGGACCCUCUGAUGGCGUUUCCGGGGGCAUUCCCACCAAAGGGACUCGAAUUCUACGGCGGCGGGCAUUAUCUGAUUAGCACCGUCGACGACUACGCGCAAAUAUUGACCACCAUCCUCAACGACGGCACAUCGCCAACGACCGGCGCCACCAUCCUGAAGCCGGAGACUGUAGAUAACUACCUCUUCAAAGACAUGAUACCCGCCGACGCUGACCGCAAACACGUGCCGAUCGUCAACAGCUCGCUGCCAAUGUCGACGAACCAAGCAGAGUUCUUGCCGGGACACAAGGUGGGCUGGUCAUGUGGUUUCCUGCUGAACCUCGAGGACGUGCCGGGAGGAAGGAAAAGCUAUAGCGGGAUGUGGGCUGGUCUCGGCAACCUUUUUUUCUUCAUUGACAGGAAGUCCGACCGUGCCGGCCUAGUAGCCACAAGUGUGUUGCCAUUCAUGGACGACGGUGUUCUGACGCUGUUUGAGGCAGUGGAGAAGGCUGCGCUUGGACAUGAAAUCAGGGAUGGGGCUGAGGCGAAGACUCUGUUCAGGGUGGAUUCGUGA